UUUAACAAAUUUUCGGUUUUAUUGUUCAGGAUUAUAAUUUUUGGUGAAUUUUUUUUCAAGUCUAACAGACAAUUUAAAAAAAAUGGAUCUUCUUGGAUCGAUUCUUGACUCAAUGGAAAAGCCACCACAAACUAGUUCAAAACAGGAGAUUCUAAUCAAAAAACAACAAGAAACUUUGAAGAAAAUAAAUGAAAUGGAAAAAGAAAAAUUAAAAAAGAUUAGCUCUAAUAUCGAACAACGAUUAAUCAAAUUUGUCAAUGAUUGUAACAUGGAAAAGAUAGAAUUUGAGACUAUGCCAAAAAUACAUCGAACUAUUGUUCACAAUAUUGCCGAUAAACAUGAUUUGAUAGUAUACUCAUUCGGCGUUGAAGAUGUUGAUAGACACUGUGUUGUCUAUAAAAAAGAAUUCAAACCAACUGAAGAAGAAUUGGAUUGUCUUCGUAAUGGUGAAGAUGUAUAUGACAGAAAACUUAAAGAGUUACAUGAAAAAAUGAAAUUAGAGCAAAACAAAACUGAUAACGAUAAGAAUGUAAAAAAAAGAAAAAAUCCAGAACCAAAUACAAGCUAUACGCUUAAAUAUGCUAAUAUAAUUGGUUUAGAUGUUGGUGAAGCUGCAGCAAAAAUUACGACACCAAAUCAACAAUUUGGCAUGGUUCCCAGCUCAAACAAACGUGAUCAACGAUCCAUUGAACAAAUCUUAAAUGAUAAUAAGAAUAAAAAAUUAAAAAAUUGUAUCAAUUCAUCAUCAUCAUCAUAAAUUGGAUACUAUUUAGUGUUGAAUUUAGAAAUGAGAUGGCGAUAAUGUUGUGUAUCUAUAGAUCAUGAUCAUCAUUAAUUUUUAUAUUGAAAAUUUACGAAAAAAUAAUUUAACGAUA